AUGGCUUCUUGGUUGUUUGGCGGUUGUCAGGCUGCGAAUGUACCAACCUACUUUGAUAUCAGACUCGAUAAUAGUAGCCUUACCUUUCCUCGUAUUGAUGAGGAUACUAGCUACGGCCACCUCAAUGGCACCGUUGUUCUAUGUCUGAACAAGCCACUGCCCGUCAAAGAACUCAAGCUCCACACAAGAGGGAUUCAAUAUGUCAACUGGGAUUCAACAACACCAGAUGGCCAGCACAAGAAAGCAGCCUGGCGCGAAGCAACAUUCUACCACCAGAUCUGGAGCUUCCUUCCCGAGUCGAACAAAAAGCAAACAACCUUGCAACCAGGCAACUAUGAGUUCCCAUUUGAAGUCACUCUGCACAACAGCCAACCAGAGAGUGUCGAAGGACUAGACGACUGCUACAUUCGAUACGAGUUAACCGCAGGGAUCAACUGUUCAUGGGGAUUGAUUGCAAGAUCGAAGGAUAUGAGAGUAUCUGAGGCUCUGGAGCCCUUAUCCUUCCUUGAACCUGAGAGCAUUGAAAGAACCUGGGCCGAAAAGAUUGCAUAUCGAAUCAGUAUCCCGGGACGAUCAUAUCAAAUCGGAGCCCCUAUGAAGAUUGAUUUCCGAUAUAUUCCACUCCAAAAAGGCGUUCGACCUGCCUCGAUCAAGGUCCAGCUUAUGGAAUCCCACGCUGUGGAUUCUAGGGCUGGAGGGCCAAGAUCUAUACGCCAAACCCGAGAGAAGAUUAUCAUCAAUGAUUCCUCUGAGUUUGAGGAUUUCUUAGGAGAUGGGAUUUCCCCUGAGGAAGCAGAUGGAGAGGAAUGGGAUGCACUAUCUCAUACCAUCUUGCCUUCGAAAUGCAUCGAGCCCUGUGUGCCAAGUUGCAACACAUCUGUCAUUAAAAUAUCACACAGCCUCAAAGUGUGCAUCAAGCUUCUCAAUCCUAAUGGGGCCUACUCUGAGAUUGCUGCCUUCUUCCCAAUUUCCUUCUGCUCUUUCCCCAAAUCCUUCUCCUCUUCCUACUCGCUAUACAAAGAAUGUCUCACCGACCUCCAACCUGCUCCAUCAUACACAGACUACAUCCACGACAAACCAUACCCAGAGUGUGAUGUAAUGGAUCUUUCAGGUCUACAAGCUGUGACAGGUCAGACUGAAACCCCUGGACAGGAAUACACCGAGGACAGAGUUUUAACAGAGGAGCUUCUUGGAACUCCUUGUUAUGAAAGUGCGAUAUGCUCGGGCGCCCCACGACGUGGUGAAAGUCCUUCUUACUGGGAUGUUGUUUCGAUUGGUGGAUAG